UUCUGUGUUUCUGCGCAGGUGCGUACGGAGCACGGAGCCAAAAGCGAAGGGAGUUUCUACCCCAGGCGUCGCCACUGCGCGCAGUCCGGCUCCUCCGAGGCGGAGCGGCUUGCGGCACUGCCAGCUCCUUUCCUUUCUUCCCCACAGAAGCCGCGAGCGUCCAUGGCGGGCUUGGAGGUUCUCUUCGCUUCGGCCGCGCCGGCCAUCAGCUGCCCGCAGGACGCGCUCGUCUGCUUCCUGCACUGGGAAGUGGUGACAAACGGCUACUAUGGCUUGGGCACCGGCGACCAGCCAGGUCCCAGUGAUAAGAAGUCAGAACUCCUGCCAGCUACCUGGAACAGCAAUAAAGAACUGUAUGUCCUCCGGUAUGAGUCUAAGGACGGGGCCAAAAAACUCCUCCUGAAAGCUGUCCCUGUGGAGAACAGCAUGAUCAUCAAUGUGCUGGAACAUGGCACACAGCAGGUGGCAGACUUGACUCUGAACUUAGAUGAUUAUAUUGAUGCAGAAGACCUGAGUGAUUUCCACAGGACCUACAAGAACAGUGAGGAGCUUCGGUCUCGGAUCAGAUCUGGAAUCAUCACACCUAUCCAUGAGCAGUGGGAGAAGGCUCGCGCAAGCAGUCCCCACCGGGAGUUCCCACCUGCCAUUGCCAGAGAGGUGGACCCACUCCGGAUUCCUUCACACCACCCUCAUUCUAGCCGCCAGCCUCGUUGGCGUGAUCCCCUGAGCCCAUUUGCUGUCGGGGGAGAAGACCUAGACCCCUUUGGGUAUCAGAGAGGUGGCAUGAUUGUGGAUCCCCUGAGAUCUGGCUUCCCAAGAGCACUUAUUGACCCAUCCUCGGGCCUCCCGAACCGGCUUCCCCCUGGUGCUGUGCCCCCAGGAGCUCGCUUUGACCCCUUUGGACCCAUUGGGACCAGCCCAUCUGGACCUAAUCCAGACCAUCUCCCCCCACCGGGCUACGAUGACAUGUACCUGUGAAGGCCUCAAGAAUGUAACCUCUCAGCCUCCCUUUCGCUCUCCUGGAGCUGCCACCACUAGCCCCAUCAGUGUCUGUGUUCUUGUGGGCUCAGGGCAGAGGAUUCUGCCAAUGUGUUUGCAGGCCCGCUGGGGUUGCAUCCCCAGCCCUUGUCAAAGCCAAGGUACCUGCUGCAGCACCCCACCCAGCUGCAAAUAGGUCUCAAGAAGAAAUCAGUGUGUCUCUAUCAUCACCAGCUCCUCCCCACUUCUAAGGGAGACUCCGGCAACAUAAACCCUCCACCCGAUGCGAUCCCGGUCACAGCGCUAUAAGAACAGAACGCAUUUUGGAUGUUAUUAUUAAGAACCAAAUGUCAAUACAGAAUUCAUGUUGCCGGUCUUCCACUUUCCUUUUUAUGCUGAUGCACAAACUCUUAAGAGUUUGAUCCUUCAUAGGACUAACUGAUUCCUAGAACUGCCCGUUCUUCUCAAGCACGCCCCCUUUUCCUAAGUUACUCUUGCUCCUGACAUCACUAAGAUAAGCCCCACUCAGACUUUAUGCCUAGAAGUGUGACUGGAACCCCAUGAACCACAAGGAGGAUUUCACCAAAGCAGGCACACUAGAAAACUUGCCAUCUCCUUCCAAGGGCAAUCCCUUUCCAGUUGCUCCUGUCUGUGCAGCCCUGUUGGCUGUCUCCCUGGGCUGCUGCGUCCAGUAAGUAGAGGAAUGAACAGAACAGACCUGUAGGCUAAUCUCAUUUUCUCCCCAUAGUGACCCUAAAGAAUUCCUUUCUCUUAGAGCCUAGUGAAAGCAGAGGCUCCUUUGCUGAGGCUUUGUGAUGCGUCUUUAUGUGACCGGGAAUAGCCCUAAGGACUGGAGAAGUGGGAAGAAGGAAGGAUGCUGCUUGUCCCCUUGGGGCUGACAAGAGAACAGGAACAUGGGUCCAGCCAAAUGUGGUAUUAAACUUCAGAAAGGAAAAGGACGCCCAAGCUCUGGAAGCCUGUGUGCAGGCCUGCUCAAUCUGUAGAAUUCUCUGGAUCCCUUGAUGCCUCAGCUGACAGGCAUUGGCAGUGUUCAACCCUGUGUUUUAGUGAUGGAAGGAACCAGGCCAGGAGACACCAAAUCAAGAUAUCCACAGCCAGCGUUCAACCAUGUGGCUCUUCAACAUCUCGCGAGGCUCCUUGCAUUUCUUCCCCCAGAUUAGGAUUUACCCUUUUUACCUGUAAGCGGCAAGAAGCAACUGUAGGUUUUCUAGGAGGGUGUCCUAUAUGCCCAGCCCAAAAAUGGGUAGGUAAACUGAGCUGACAGGACCCUGGCCAGUCUCGGCUUAGAGUAAGCUCCCUAGUUCUUGAAGAGGGUCACAUGGGUCAGGCACUGACAAAAGUCAGGGAGUUAAGGUGCUGACCACCUUGAAGCUCUAGAACAUCCUGUGGUCUGUGGGGGUAAAGACGACCAUUCAUUGUGUAUUACCUGAUCCUUGAGUGCCGGCAGAUGGAAUGUUCGGGUUUGGUUUUAGAAUCGAUCAUACGUGCUCAAGAGCUUGGGGUACUUUGCUCAUUAAAGCAUCCCUUCUUAUUCAAGGGCACACUUGAAGGAACAGCUGGCUGAAUUCUUAAGAUAGGUUGGGAAAGGUAGAUAACUCCAGGCCCUGAUUUGAGGAAAGGUAAAAUGGAAACAUUCUUCAAUUAGGCUUUUUAGUAACAAAGAUGAAAAAUAAAAAAGAUAGAUGUACCUUAGUUCUAUUUUCUGGAAACAAAAGUUAUGGUGGUUCUGUAGAAAGGGCCGUUUUUAUUGUUACUGUUUUACCUGUGAUCUUCCUUAUAAUAUCCUUGAGAAACGCAGUAUCACAGAUGCGGGUAAGCUGUUGGUGCUUGUUUGGGUCUCUGUCACUUCUCUCCUUCCAACUGAGUUGCCAACAGCAAGAGUUGGAAUAUUUCAAGCAUAUGUCCUAUAGAACCCCCAAAUCAGAGCCUUCACAAUAAACAGAUAACACUUUGUAA